AAAAUACCAGUUGUUCUUUUAUUAGGAUGGGCUGGUAGUUUAGACAAACACUUGGCUAAAUACAGCGCUAUAUACGAGCAAAGGAGAUGUAUAACCGUACGCUACACGGCUCCAUCUAAAUACUUGUAUUUCAACCACGGAAAACUUGCCAGACUAGCAAAAGGUGUAUUGGACACUUUAUAUGAUCGAAACCUCGAGGACCAUCCAAUAUUUAUUCACAUGUUUAGCAAUGGCGGAUGCUAUGUUUAUUAUAAUAUUUGCCACUUAGUUCAUAAUGAUUCCAAAUAUCACAAUCUCAGAAUUGAGGGAUCUAUUUUUGACAGUGCCCCGGGAAAACGGCGGAUUUUAAAGGCUGCCAAAGCAUUUAUGGCAAUGUUCAAAGUUAACUUUGUUUUAAAAUAUUUGUUGGGAUUAGUUGUAGUUGCAUAUUUAUUGGUUUCUUGUUUCAUUUUCCGUUUAAUGAACCUGGGUUCUUCCAAAACUGGAUUCUUGCUAUAUGAAAGCAUCCAACAGGAUCCAGGGAGAUGGCCACAAAUGUUUUUGUAUUCCGUAGCCGACGAGAUUGUGUCUUAUAAAGAUAUUGAACAAAUGGCUAAAUCUAGGAAGAAAGUAGGAGUUCAAGUAACAACCAACUGCUGGAAUGACUCGCCACAUGUAGCUCACUUCCCGCGCUACACUGAAUCCUAUUCCAAUUUGUGUCAACAAUUCUUGGAUUCUUGUUUGAAA